AUGACUUACAAGCCUUUCAAGCCGCCUUUGCUUGUACGCAGACCAAGCCAAGCACUCGUCAAUCCAUCAUCAACCCGCGAAGCAGGCGAGCCACCCACCAAGAGGCGACGCGUCUCGAAUCACGACGAAGAGGCCCACGAGCUCUCGGACUCGCCGCCACGAAGCUUGCAAGCCGUCAAAGCGCCCCGAAAGCCUCUCCUCCUCGUUAGAAAUCCGGCGGCAGCGGAAGCCGCAGUGAAACCGGCCGGAGAUGGCAUUGAAGGAUACUAUACAGUGUUGUGGCGAAAGUUCACGGUGAAGAAGCACAAGACUUGGGACGGUGAUGGUAUCCUCGCGGUCCGCAAUGGCGUUGCACACUUGCAGGACAUCUCAGGGAAGGAGUUGGGCAAAACAGCAUUGAAGACACCGCUUCUGCCAGGAUCAGAACUAGCCGUUGGUGGCAAGGAUGUCGAAGUCGACUCCGUCAUCUCGAAGGAGGACUUCCUCGCUGGCAGGCCGUUUUUGGGCGCCGUAAGCAACCCUGUAGUGCGAGAGCCUAAUGUUACGGAGAAGCUGGGCUUCAAGGCACACGCCAAGCAGGCAAAAUUGGAGGCGAAGCAGGUGGAAAAGCCGAAGGCCGUCGUGCCAACGAGCAAAGCCACAAAGGUUCUAUUCAAGAAUCCGGUGCUUACGAGCACGUUGAUGCCAAAGGCGAACGGUCCACUUCCUCAGCCACGCCACGACCCCGAUCAACCUGGCGCUCUUGUAAUGAAGCGCCCGCGACAGGCACCGAAAGGCAAACAGAUCGUCGAUGUUGUGGUCGACCCAUUCCUCUGCAAGCACUUGCGAGAGCACCAGAGGCAAGGCGUCCGCUUCCUAUACGAGUGUGUCAUGGGCAUGCGACAGUACGAAGGCGAGGGGGCAAUCCUCGCAGAUGAGAUGGGGCUUGGCAAGACGUUGCAGACCAUCGCACUUCUGUGGACGCUGCUUAAGCAGAACCCGAUAUAUGAGGAUCCGCCUGUAAUCAAGAAGGCAUUGAUUGUUUGUCCUGCUACUCUCGUCAACAACUGGCGAAAGGAAUUUCGCAAGUGGCUCGGUAAUGAGAGGAUUGGCGUGUUCGUUGUAGACGACAAGAAGACUCGUCUCACCGAUUUCACCAAGGGCAAGAGCUAUAGCGUAAUGAUCAUAGGAUAUGAGAAGCUCCGGACCGUGCAGGAUGAGCUGAAGAAGGGUUCCGGGAUCGACAUCGUUAUCGCGGACGAAGGCCACAGGCUAAAAACGGCGCAGAACAAGUCAGCGCUCGCAAUCAAGUCACUCAACACAGAACGCAGAAUCAUCUUGUCCGGGACGCCGAUACAGAACGACUUGAGCGAGUUUUACGUCAUGGUAGACUUUGUUAACCCGGGCCUGUUGGGCAAACUAACCACGUUCAAGCGUGAGUUCGAGAAUCCGAUCUUGAAAAGCCGGCAACCCGGAGCAAGCGCAAAGGAUCUGGAGAAAGGCGAGGCUCGAGCUCAAGAGCUUGCGGACCGAACAGGCCAGUUCAUUCUCCGGCGUACAGCAGAGAUCCUGGCCAAGUACCUCCCUCCCAAGACCGAGUACGUGCUCUUCUGUCGACCCACCACCGCUCAAGCGUCAGUUUAUCGGAGUGUGCUUUCAUCGCCAGUCUUCGGCGCUGUUCUCGGCAAUACCGAAUCAGCACUCCAACUCAUCAACAUCCUGAAGAAGGUCUGCAACAGUCCAAGCCUCUUGAGCAAAUCAGCGAAUGAAGAAAGCGCGAACGGAAUGGUCGCGAGCAUCCUCUCCGGUAUCCCUCCUAGUUUGCUAAAUUCACCUGGUGCGAGCGCCAAGCUCCAAGUGCUGGACAGCUUCCUCCACCAGCUGCGCACAACAACCUCAGAGAAAGUGGUGCUCGUCUCGAACUACACCAGCACCCUCGAUAUCCUCGGCCAGCUCCUCACUUCCCUCGAAUACACCUUCUUCCGUCUUGACGGCUCAACGCCAGCAGCAAAGCGACAAGGUCUAGUGGACAAGUUCAACAGAACCUCAGCCACCGAAUGCUUCGCCUUCCUCCUCUCCGCCAAGUCCGGCGGUGCCGGCCUUAACCUGAUCGGAGCCUCCCGCCUGGUUCUGUUUGACGUGGACUGGAAUCCUUCGACCGACUUGCAAGCUAUGGCGCGCAUCCACCGCGAUGGCCAGAAGAUGCCCUGCCGUAUCUACCGGCUGCUGACCAUGGGCGCGCUUGAUGAAAAGAUUUACCAGCGGCAGUUGACGAAGCAGGGCCUUGCGGACAGUGUUGUUGACAAUAAGGCGUCGGCGUCGAGCUUUACGAGGGAGGAGUUGCGGGAUCUCUUCAAGCUGGAUGAGAGUGGCAGUUGUCAGACGCAUGAGCUGCUUUGCUGUCCGUGUGGUGGUCGGGGGAAUGCGCAGGCUCUCGAUGUCCAGGCCAUACCUGGCGCGGAGGGAGAUAGCGAAGAUCCGUCAGAGCCAGUAACUCCGGAAGAGAAUGAGGGCGAGGACAGCGACAAGGACCUCCCCAGCCUACCAGCUCUGAUCAAAGCGUCGCAAGUGAACAUGGAAGAGCAAGAGCGGCGUAUCGAAGAAGCGAAGAGAGCUGCAAAGACGUCGGAUGGUAAGAGCAAGAUUAAAGCGCUGAUGGGAUAUCUGCACAUUGAUGCGGCUGAGAUGAUCAAAGAGGAAGCGCAGGAGGAGCUGGAGGCGCUUGUCGAUGAUGACGUGCUUCUGAGUUUGCUGCGGGAGGAGGGGAGUCGAGUCAGCUUUACGUUUGCUAAGACGUCUUCAUAA